ACUAGGUUGUAAUAUUGUUUCUGCCGAGGAACGAACCAGCAAUGAAAACAGCAGAGGUGGUCUGCACGCAUUUCAAAUUCAUGGUGAACUUUAUCACCUCCAGGGCCCCUUACUUCCCAAUGAUGGUAGUUCCAACCCCUUAUAUACUUAGCUUUACAUAUACGACCCACCAUAUGCAGCUGAAAGACACUCAGAGAGAAAUAACAACCCUGAUCCUGAGAUCAUAAGGGAGCUUUCCUUCAUGCUCUCGCAGUGCAAAUCCUUUUGCCCGAAUUUACCGCCAUCCAUGUGAGAUAUUGAAUGAGCGAGAGAGUAACGAUAACUCAACUGACAACUACGCCUCACCUUAUAUAGUUAUUUCUCCUAAUAUGAAAAUGCGAUUAAUCGAAGGAGGUGAUAGACGCACCCAAAGCUUGCCUACUAUGGAAGAGGUUGCCGCCAUCAUUCCCACUGAAUAUGGUGACAAAAGCUUUCGUGAUAUUGUUCUCACCUUGAGAAGCGCAGCUAAUAGCACCAGCGCUUCAUUACGUGAUCGGUAUAGCUCUGAGUAUCCCUUUCAAAUAAUAAGCCAUACUCAUGCAGCGUAUAUGCCUACUCAUUAUGUGCUACUGUUCCCACAUGGAGACUACGGUUGGCACUGGGGCAUGCGCCUAUCAUCAACGAACACCACCUCCAACAAUCACAACAAUAAC